AUGGGGCCGGAAAUUAAUAUCGACGGCGACGGGCACGGGGAGAACAGCGACAUGGUCGAUACAGGUCGAGAUUGGAAUCACAGAAGCCCUAGUCUUAGAAGCGAAUUUGUCAUUCCCACCACUAGCACAAGAUCGUUGACAAUCCCAGCAGAAGAAACCUCAGUAGCGAACGGCCUCGAAGGAAGGCACUGGCAGCGGCACUCCUCCUCCGACACCACGAGGUCUGCGACGGCGAGAUCCAUCAGCACCAACCACUCUAACCUCAAUCUCGAUCUCCCGGCUAGUAGGGCUAGUGGUGGGAAGCGAGAAAAACUGAAAACUCUAAAGGAAAACGCCGUAAACGCGUUGCGGCACAAUGGCAAUAGCGCCGGCAAGGGCAAGGGCAAGGGCAAGGAUAACUCUAGAUCUCAAUCUCACUCUCCCGCCGCGGGCGGAGUCGGGUCCAGCGAGGGAGAUGAGAACGUGGAUGGCCGAGCAGAGGACGAGGACAAGGCCAGCUCGAAGUCAAAUAACGCGGCUUCCCCGCGUCGGCAGUCCCUAUCCUCCAAGCUAGCGCACCCUCGCACAGCCCUGAAGGCGUCCCUGGCCCACAUUGUCGCGGGGAAACUAUCCACCCUGAACGAUCCGUAUAUUCCGCAGGAAGCGGAAGUAGAGUUCGUCGAGGCCCACGAAGAGCGCAAUGAAGCUCUAAAGGAUGGGUGUAUGGAAGACGUAGAGGACGCCGAAAAGAGGAUUGAGGGGCUUCACAGGCAGCGCAGGAACAUGCAGGUGAACUGGACAAUUCACCGGCAUGUGACAAAUGUCACAGUGGCUCCUACCAAACAAAGGAUUAUCGAGAAACCGCGCAAAAGCGACUUUAUUAUCAGAGAUGAGUCCGGGAACCCAAUUAUAGAAUUUGAAAAUGGCGGCGAGAGAAUAGACUACGUCAAAUGGCUCGGACAAUACCUUCUGUACGCGACCCAAGAUUAUACGGCCCAAUAUAUCGAUUACCGUGAGCCCAGGUCCUUGAGCUUAGAAAAGGCGCGUUCUAGCAUCGAGCGACUCUUUGUCUCGAUCGCACCCUGGCAAGAAUGGCUCCUCCACGUCUUCCGCGUUUAUCGGUGGGGAAACCCAUAUGAGACGUUUCGCUGGCUCUGUCUCUACAUGGUUCUAUGGCACUACUCAUACCUGAUAACAUUCCUGUGGUUCUGCGUUAUCUACUAUACACUGAGGCGAUACAUUUAUCCAGAGACCGAAAUUGAGGACCUCAGGGUAGCGCUUGAGAGGGUGAGAAACACAGACAGAAAGGCUUACGAUCUUGGGGAUGUUAUCGUACACAAGGGACCGCAGGAAUGGCUCCUCCCGCUGGCAGAUACAAUUGGGCCGUGGGCGCAGAUUCAGCUGGGCGACCUGGCCGAUCUACUUGAGAUAUUGGAGAACUUCUACGAAUGGCGCAAUCCGGUACUUACCUCGCUCUCGCUAUCCCUCUUUACCAGUGUCUUCCUAUUCGGCCUCAUUGCGUCGCCCGAGUUCUGCCUCAAGGCUACAUACUUCGGCCUCGGGGUUGCGUUCUUUGCGUGGUUCCCGAUAUCGAGUAGGUACCCCAAGUACCGUCUUGUCGUGUCGCCCGUCCGCUGGCUCUUCUGGAACAUCCCCACCCACGCGGAAUGGGCGUUCCAAGAGUUGAGCGCGGAAGCGGAGAAGAAUAGAGAAAAGAUCACAGCGAAGGACGUAGAGAAAGCAUUAGUGAAGAACCAGCAGGCAGAGCCACCCGAUUGUGUAGAUAGUAUCAAUAGCGGUACCGUCAUGCUUCCAGCCGCUGCCGCCGCCGACGGGACCGGGAGCCUCACCUCUACGCUAGCAGAGGAGCAGCGCGAUACCGCCGUCCUUGCGGUCGCCGAACAGAAGCUGGCGCGCCCGCUCGACGCAUAUGUGCGCGAGUACGCAACGUUCAACUGCCGCUGCGGGCUGAACCUAGGUAAGCUCGUAAUCCACCCCUCCGGUCUCCGGUUCGAAAGCCUGCGCAAGCGCAGGACAAUCUGGGACCGCGCAUGGAUAGAGCUCGUAGAGAUCAAGAAGGUGAAGAGCUCUGAGCCCGUGGGGAGGCUGCUGUCGCUGGAGGGCCUGGAGAUGGUUUUUACGGAUAGUUCGAGGGUGAGGCUGGGGGAUAUGGUGGAUCGCGGGGAGGCGUUUAAGUGGAUAUUGGGCUACUCGAGGUUGAAGUGGCGAUCGAAUAAUUGA